GCUAUUGAAAUUAGUAAAGAUUCGUCAGCAGAUGAAAUUAAGAUUAAAUCAAAAAAGCAAAAAACUGUACCAAAAGAAUCUAGCUUAUCCGAAGCUGAAAAAUUACAUGCUAUGCAAUCUAUAAUUAUUCCUAUUUCAUAUCCAUUAUUACAAACUGGAGUAGCUGGAAUUAAUCAAGAAAUGUAUAAUCAAUUUUAUUCUAAUUCUUCAUUGCUUCAAUUAAAUAAUUUACGCAAUAGAAAAUUAUCUAUUCCAUCAUUAGAUAAUUUUCUUACACAAGUUGAUAGCGAAUAUGGAAAUACUGGUGAAUAUAUACUGUUUAAAGAUGCAUUUGAGAAUGAAAAUAUAACAACUGAUAUGUUAUCCGAUUUAACUGAUAAUGAAUUUAAAAAAUUGGGUGUUAAUAAAAUAGGGUGGAGAAAAGUAUAA